AUGGACACAUCCGUAGGAGAGCGUCCUCGCACUCCUUCGGAACUCGAAGAAGUUAAGGAAGAGUUUAUCGCGAAGAACUUCUCAAAACGCGCGAUGUUCUGGGAGGAUCUUGCUCUUUUCGUUAAAGCCGAGCUAGAUAAACAUUUGAAGCAGCUGGAUCCAGUUGUGCAUUCGACAUCCACAUACCGAGUUAAAACGAAGGAGUCAAUGAGGGGUAAGGUAGAGCGACUGCAGAAGCAAGGAAAGUGUCAAGAUCUUUCAUCAUUCGAGAGCGUCCAAUGGGAUACCGCGGGUGUGCGUGUGUGCCUCUACUUUCCAUGUCAGAAGAGCCAAGUGAAGACCUUCAUUGAGUCGUACGAACUCUUCGAGGUUGUUCCUGCCAGCUCGGAACAACCUGCAAGAGUGUUUAGCGAGCGUGGAUAUCGAAUGAAGAAUCCUGAGAUUCGUCCGUAUGAAGAACGUAUGGGCUAUUACGAGGCGGACCAUUAUUGCAUCCGUCUACGAAGCGACCAUGAGGGAGUCAGAGUAACAGAUUAUGAUGACGAACAAGUUGAAAUCCAAGUUCGUACUGUACUGAUGGAUGCUUGGGCUGAGAUACGACAUGAUCUGGACUACAAACACAUCCUGGGAUCUGCGAAUGGUGAAGAACUGCGAGUGCUCGAUGCAAUCAAGGGCAGCAUCAUGUCCUGCGAAAUUCUGCAAGACCAUCUCUUCAUACUGCGAAAGCAACACGUCGAGAGCGAUGCCGAGAGAUGGACACGAGAGAGUUCGGAACGCCUCCGUAUUUCAAUCAUCGACUCCAUGUCAUUCGAGCCUGGUAUCAGAUUUCUCUUGGAUAGGUUUGGCAGCGAGCCCAGCGAGGGAGCUCUUUUCCGCUAUACGAAGGAACUUUUCGAAAGAUGCGACAUCCAUUCGCUGUUAGAGUUCAGACAGACUAUGGCAAGAUUGAUCAGAAUUGAUGAGCAACCAGAGAAGGCGGCCAAGGCGCAAUGGGCUCUGUCAUCCAUGUAUAGCUCCUCUCAAUACAGAGGCACUCAAAAGAAGGAUGCACUGGAGGACGAUACUUUGACAUUGUUCCAGUUUGUGAGUAUCCUGUUGCUGUACGCUAUGGAUGUUGAAGACAUUGAGCGAAGACUAUGGGCGCCUAAAUACGACAAUGUUGACGAUGAUGAGGAGGAAGAAGAAGAUGAAUUGGACACAAGCGAUACUGAUGAAGGUGAUUCGGAUGAGACUGGGGAUGAUACUGGCGAUACUGCUAGUGAUUUGAGCUAUAAUAGUGAAGGUAAUUCUCACGACAAAUCUGAGAUCGAGGAUGACGAAGACGAUGAAGACGGUAAUAGCGAGGAUAGUGAUGAUGAUGAAGACAAUAAGAGCGAGGAUAGUAGUGAUGAUGAUGAUGAUGAUGAUGAUGAUGAUGAUGAUGAUGAUGACGACGACGACGACGACGACGACGAUCGUGAUAUUGACUUCGAUAUUGAUAACAUUUGGGGCCCUGACAGAAAGAAGGGCAGGACUUCUCCGAAGAUAUGGUCGAAAGAAAAGCUUGCGAGAGAACCAGAUAGAUGGACAAAGCGGGCUUACGAAAGACGCGCAGCCAGGUGGUACUCACUGCUUAGUAUGAUACUGGACACCAUGGAUAAUUGCCGUCCAGAUGUGCUUCACCAAGAUAGACCUCGAUGGUUGCAUACUGUCAGCAUAACUUGGCAUGUGCAUGAAUGGGUGGCGACAAUAUAUCAAGAUAAGGCGAAGCUUACGGAUGUCAUGACGGUGGUUGCACGUCUGUUCCGCUAUUUCAAGGCUCAUAUCGAAGAUGCCUGGAACGGGGAGGCAACAUGGCUGUACACCAUAGCCACUUAUCUGCAAUGGUGGGAGAAGCACAAGGUCUGGCUCUACACCGAGGACCAGAGAGAUUGGGAAAUCAGGAGAAAAUAUGGAAUGACAAUUGGCAAAGAGAUGUUGAUGGACGAUUGUUGGAUCAAAGCUAGCCAGGUAGCUGCCGAUAUCAUCGGGGUCGCACCUGUUCAUUUGAAGCACGCAGCCCUUUUCCGAGCUCUCUUGAGAGGUAGGCCCGCUGACGACUAUGCGCACCUGCACCUGCACGACGAAGAUAUCGAUAUAAACCGCCAAGAUAGCUACGGCAAGUCACUCCUGGGCGCAGCAGCAGCAUUUGGAUCAGAAGACAUCUGCAGAAUGAUGCUGACACGUCCUGAAGCGAAUUUCAAUCUUAGGUUUAGUGAUGGACUCAGUCUCAUGCACAUUGCAGUAGUACGCGAAAAUGGCGCAAUGAUCAAGCAGUUGGCCUCCAGCCUCAACCUGGACACCAAGGCGAUUUGGGAUGUCGGAGACCUCAACUUCGCUAAGAACAAUCGAAAGGCCAAACCAAGAGCACCAUACUGGUCUCAAUACGACAAACGGGAAAAUUGGCGUCCCAAGUCCCACAGGGGAAAGAAAUCUCGAGGCUCCCUCAAGAUGGCCUGGACAGCUGUUGAAAUGGCAAAACGGCGAUGCCGUGAGAAUGGAGAUCUGCAGUCCCUGUAUGAGCCGCUUUUUGAUGCUGCUAGGCACGCUCACGACAAGAAGCCGUCUCUCACGAAACGAUCACGAAAGCGACGUGGCUAA